GGUGGUUUAGAGCUGUCGGGUGGUUGAUCUGCAUUCGCCGCCUCUCGCCGACCCAUCAUGGUGCUGUACAAGCAGGUUAUUCUGACAAACUUGAAGAGCUCGCCGGCCGACACGGCCAAGGCGUUCAAGGAACUGGCGUCGUUCAUUCUGUCCAAAGGCGGUGUCGUGCGCGAUGUGUCCCACCGAGGCCACCGUACGUUGGGGUACGCUAUCGACGACCGACGAUGGGGCGGCACUUUCGAGCGCCACCGCGAGGCCAAGUUGCUGGUCAAGACAUUCGAAACGAGUCCCGCCACGUUGAAGGAGCUGGAAGCCAAAAUGAAGUUGAGCUACUCGAUUCUGCGCUUCACGACGUUCAAGGUGAAGAAGGAUCCGCUCCGCGACGUGAUCAAGGCAUCCGCGACUGCGCCGGAGACUGAACCGGUGACUCCGUUCAACUGGAAGGAAUUUAAGGCAGCGUCCACGGACGACAACACCAAGGUGUUUGAACAAGAAUACGUGUUCGAAGCGAAUGGAACCAGCAGCGACAAGCACGUCCCGUCGAAAUUCGACUUGAUGUCGCAAGAGGACAAGGACGAUUUGGCGGACUGGCUGAUGUCCAAGACACAGCCGGAAGGGGCGCUCAAGCAGGAAGCCGCCAAGAAGGACGAGUUCAACCUGUACGGGUCGGUCGACGACAAGGACGAAGAGGAAGCAGACGACGAGGAAGACGAGGACGACGAUGAUGAUAUCGCGGAGUGGGAAGACGAAGAAUUCGAGCCUACUCAAGACGUCCCGGAGUGGAAGCGCGACUCGUCUUACGAACCAGAGCGACCCAGCAAGAAGGGCAAGGACAAAUAGACCCAACGCAACUAUUAGAAUACAACGUGCACCUGUACCUCCCGC